GCGAAUGUGCUAGUUUUGGCCGCGGUAAGCUCUUUUUAGAUAGCAACUGCACUGGUUUUGUUACGUAGACCUGGCAACCCUGAUUGAAUGAACGUACAGGUGUCCAAGUUACGGGUAUUUUAGUUGGAACAGGUAUCGCACACCCAGAAAUGAAAACAACUUACUUCCUUGUGAACUUUCUUAUCACUUUUUUGAGCGUCAUGGUUGGUUUGUCAUUCUCCAAACUUGCCAGGCCAACGAUACCGGCGAUAGCACAUUACUUUGGGACAAAAGGCAGGUACGAGGAAGUGAACCCACAUCUAUCAGAUGACAUUUUGUUUGUAAACAGAUCGCUGGUAGCUCCCCCCUCUCCCAAAUGCCGUGCCAUUCAUAUGGUGUCGGUUAUCCGUCACGGGACGCGCUAUCCAACCACCAAAAAUGUGAAAAAGAUAGCGCGACUGUUUGAUCUGGUCGUGUCUCAAGCGUCGGGUUCAGCCUCAUGGCUCAAUGACAUUAAGACAUGGAAGAUGUGGUACACUGAAGACAUGGACGGCAGACUGGUGGAGAAAGGACGUGAUGACCACCGGCAUUUGGCUAUGAGACUGGCACAGUCAUUCCCCACAUUAAUUUCUGAGGAUCAUCUCCGUGCCAACCGCAUUGAGUUCAUCACCAGCUCCAAACACCGUUGUGUUGAUAGUGUUAAAGCUUUCCAAGAGGGUCUUCACCGACUCUGGAAUGUUCAGGAUAUGGAGUACAAACACUAUGUGGAUGAUUCACUCAUGAGAUUUUUUGAUCAUUGUGAGAAAUUUGUUGAAAGUGUUGAGAAAAACAAAACAGCUUUGAAGGAGGUAGAGCGCUUUAAAUCUUCAGCAGUUAUGGAUACAGUACGGAGGAAAAUAUCCAGUCACCUUCAGAUUCCAUACAAUCAAAUCACCCCAGAUAUGGCAGAGGCAGCUUUCUUUUUGUGUUCCUAUGAGUUUGCCAUCAAGUCAGAGAACUCCCCCUGGUGUGAGCUACUGGAUGAGUCGGAUGCUCAAGUCCUGGAGUACAAAAGUGACCUUAAACAGUACUGGAAGCGAGCAUAUGGACAUGACAUCAACCGUAAAUCCAGCUGCCCUCUCUUUAAUGAUAUUUUCAAGCGUCUUGAUAAGGCUGCUAAUGACAGAUUUGGAAAGCUAAAAAAGACUGCCACCAUCCAAGUUGGACAUGGUGAAACCCUACUGCCUCUGCUCUCUCUGAUGUCCUUCUUUAAAGAUGAAAAAACUUUAACUGCAGAGAAUUUUUCAUUGCAGCACAAACGCAAAUUCCGCUCUGGUCAGAUUGUACCUUAUGCUGCGAAUUUAGUCUUUGUCCUGUAUGAAUGCAGUGAUGGACUCAGAAUACAGUUGUUUCUCAAUGAGAAGCCUAUGAUUUUUCCCAACAUGAACCAUUCGGCUCCACUAUAUGAAACGGUCAGAAAGCAUUACUCAAAGCUCCUUAAUGGCUGUGAGUUUAAUAAUGCAUGUAAUAUGCCUCAAGCAAACCUCAGGAACACUGAACUUUGAGUUUGGUUAAUAAAUAGUGGAUUGUAGGGAUCAAUUACUGUGCACUUGCAAUGACUGUAUCUUCACAUUGUACUUUUGAUUCUUUUUUUUCAUGGUGUGGUUGGAAGUCAAAUAUACUGUUUUAUUUAUUUUACAGGUUACUAUAUUGCCAAAGGGUGAGAUUUGUUCUUGAUUUAUUUUCCAAAAGUUAUAAUUAUGAUAUAAUUAUGGUUAUACUGUGCCAAAUAAUUUGUAACUUUGUAAUAAUGCAAUUUAACGGAGGCCUUGAGGCUUUUAUAUUUUAUUUUUAUAACUGUGCAUUUUUCUAGUAAGUUCACUUUUUAGGUUUGUAUAAAAGUCAAAGCCCACAAUGAAUUUAAUCAAAUAUUGAAAAUGGUUUGUUAAAAAGAAUUCUGAAAUCUUUUGAUCUGGAUCAAAUAUUCAGUAUGUGUUGUUAUUUCAUUUAAUUAUCUUGUUUUAAGAUUGGGAUACCUUAGAUCAAAGAAAGCCCAGCAUAAGGGUGGAUUGCAGGAACAAAAUGUAAUAAUCUUUUAAACAUUUAUAUUUUGUGCUUGCUUUAACUGUUACAUUGACAAAGCAGAUAAAGUAAAAGUAAGCUGUAAGCAUUUCAGUACAUGAAAGUAUAUAUUGUCUCCAUAAAAUUAUCACCCAAAAAGCUGUCAAUACCAAACAAAAAUAAUAUAUUUCCUUUUAGCUGUCAUUAUUCACUGUAUAUUAAUUAUGAUGACACAAUCAUCAGAGAUGAACCAAACCUUUUAUUGCAUUUCUUUUAUUUAUUUGUUAUGGAUCAAAUGAAAGGCCUGAUUGUUUAAAAUAAAUAAAAAAUGGAAGUGGA